AUGUUGGGUCCUGGUGUCAGUACUAGAGCUAACGGGGAGGCCUCAGCCGGCUCGUCAGGCUCUCACACCUCAGACGGCUCGUCAGGCUCUCACACCUCAGACGGCUCGUCAGGCUCUCACACCUCAGACGGUUCGUCAGGCUCUCACACCUCAGACGGCUCGUCAGGCUCUCACACCUCAGCCGGCUCGUCAGGCUCUCACACCUCAGACGGCUCGUCAGGCUCUCACACCUCAGACGGUUCGUCAGGCUCUCACACCUCAGACGGUUCGUCAGGCUCUCACACCUCAGCCGGUUCGUCAGGCUCUCACACCUCAGCCGGUUCGUCAGGCUCUCACACCUCAGACGGCUCGUCAGGCUCUCACACCUCAGACGGUUCGUCAGGCUCUCACACCUCAGACGGCUCGUCAGGCUCUCACACCUCAGACGGUUCGUCAGGCUCUCACACCACAGACGCCGGCUCGUCAGGCUCUCACACCUCAGACGGUUCGUCAGGCUCUCACACCUCAGACGGCUCGUCAGGCUCUCACACCUCAGACGGCUCGUCAGGCUCUCACACCUCAGACGGCUCGUCAGGCUCUCACACCUCAGACGGUUCGUCAGGCUCUCACACUUCAGACGGUUCGUCAGGCUCUCACACUUCAGACGGUUCGUCAGGCUCUCACACCUCAGACGGUUCGUCAGGCUCUCACACCUCAGACGCCGGCUCGUCAGGCUCUCACACCUCAGACGGGUCGUCAGGCUCUCACACCUCAGACGGUUCGUCGGUCUCUCACAUUAUUUGUUAA